UGACUUUGCAAGACUGCAUUUAGCCCCACUACUAGUCCCAAGUUUCAGAGUGUACAGGAGCAAGUUUGGAGCCUCUCCGAGUCGAUAUUUUACGUCCCCGUGCAGUAAAAAACAAACAAAAACAAGCGGGAAGAAGGAUCGGUUUUACCUGUUGAUGAAGUCCCACCGGGUGUGGGACGCAGAGGAGCAGUCGGGAUUCUUCACAGAGAAGAAAAGUCUGAAAUAGGUGCAGGCAACACACCGCUCCAGAGGCCAGGAGGAGUGAGGGACCUCGGUUUUUCCUUUCCCCCAGCAUUUGCAGCCUGUGCUGGGUUGGUGGAAAAUGGGCACUCCGACCACUUCGAUCUGUGGACUUAUCCUCUCUUUGAUACUCACAUGCCAGCUGGUUACUGUGACUCAGGCCUCCAAGGUGUGGGGAGAGGUCCCUCUGCCAGAAGACUUAGAGGGGGGGAAGGAAGUCCAGGCCUCUCAGAGCCUACUGGAUGACGACGAGGACUUUGCUGCCGAUGCUUCAGGAGAUUUGCCCAGUGGAGAGGAUGAUGGAAGCACACCAUGGCCUCCGGUCUCAGAUAGCACAAUUUACUACAGAGCUCUCGUCAACUUCACUCAAUCCCUGGUCUAUGGCCCCGAGCUCGAGGACAUCUUCUCUCGAGCCUUUAUUGAGAUCUCUGAAGCAGUGGUGGACACGCUUGAGUCGGAGUACAACAGGAUUACAGGUGUCCAGACAGUCAGCGUGGUCCUCAUUAAGAAGAUGAUAAGGGAGGACGGCGUGGACAUAUUUGUGGAGUUGGAUGUCGGUUCUGACUACAACAGCAAUGAUGAACAGAUCCGCAGUGUGCUGUACAACGUGGUGAAAGAGGGAGCCAUUGCUUCCUACAUCACAUCAGUGCAGGGCUUUCAGUUCAGACGGCUCGGGGAAGUAACCACCGGCAUCAGACCCUGCAUGCCAGAUGAGCACAGGUGUGGUGACGGGAUAUGUAUCCUGAUGGAAUACCUGUGUGACAACAGACCAGACUGCAGAGACAUGAGUGAUGAGACCAAUUGUGGUGACAUAAAACGACCGGCCCCUCCAGUCUCCAUUGCCCCUACCAUCCCAACCAUCACCACCAUCAAGAAGCCCCCGCGGCCCCCUUCCCCACCUGGACCCUGCAGAGCGGAUCAAGCCACGUGCCAGAGCGGAGAGUGUAUCCCUCGAGACUACGUUUGUGAUGGAGAGAGGGACUGCUCGGACGGAAGCGACGAGUUCAGAUGUGGUACUCCAUCUCCCUGUGAACCCAAUGAGUUCAAAUGUAGAAAUGGCCGCUGUGCCCUCAAGCUCUGGCGUUGUGAUGGAGACAACGACUGCGAGGAUAACUCAGAUGAAACAGACUGCCCCACCAAGGGUCCUGGCGACAGGUGUGCUCCCGAGCAGUUUGAAUGCCUGACUGAUCGCACCUGCAUCCCAGCCAGUUACCAGUGUGAUGACGAGCCAGACUGCCCUGACCGCUCUGAUGAGUACGGCUGCACCCCUCCCUCUGUGACAACCCCUCCGGAAGAGUCCGUUCAGGCAGCGCGGGGGGCGACGGUGAAGUUCACCUGUAAGGCUGUGGGAGUGCCGACACCCAUCAUCACCUGGAGACUCAACUGGGGACACAUUCCUAUCAGCGGCAGGAUCUCCAUGUCCAGCGAGAAUGGCCAUGGAACUCUGAUUAUUCGCGAUGUGAAGGAGGCGGAUCAGGGGGCGUACACCUGUGAAGCCAUCAAUGCUAAAGGCCUGGUGUUUGGUAUCCCCGACGGAGUUCUAACCCUCCUAUCAAAUCCAAAUCCAGGCAACUGUCCUGAUGGUCACUUCAGUGUGGAAGGCCGCUGCGUGUCCUGCUUCUGUGCUGGAAUCUCCAAGAACUGCAAGGGCACUGGGCGCUACCGCAACCAGAUCAGCCUGCGUUUCACUGACGAGGAAGACUUCAAAGGAGUGAAUGUCACAUACCCAUCUCGGCCAGGCACUCCUCCUCUCUCCUCCACUCAGCUGCUUGUUAACCCAGAUAUGGGAGAGUUCCAGCUUGUCGACUUGUCGCGCCGUUUCCUCAACCUUGACUCCUUCUGGACCCUACCACGCCAGUUCCUGGGCAACAAGAUCGACUCCUAUGGUGGAUCCCUGAGGUUUAAGGUGCGGUACAUAUUGGCUCGCGGUUUGUCUGAGCCAAUGGAGAAGCCGGAUGUGAUGCUGGUUGGAAAUGGACGCAGGCUUGUGUACCGCAGAGGCAACCCCACCCCUUCCCAAGUGGUCAACCAGAAGGAGGUCAAAUUCACUGAAGAUAACUGGCAGCACUCCAAUGGUCGCACUGUGAGCCGGGAGGACUUGAUGAUGACGUUGGCAAACCUGGACAGCAUCAACAUCCGCACCAUCUACGACAGCCACAUGGUCAGCGUGGCACUCAGUGACAUCGUCAUGGAUACCACCAGUGUGGAGUUCAGCAUUAUGGGUCAUGCUAAGGAUGUUGAGGAGUGCAGAUGUCCUCCUGGAUACUCGGGCCUGUCCUGUGAGAUGUGCUCCUCUGGUUUCGAGCGUGUCCCUGGUGGCCUCUAUCUUGGCACCUGUGCUGGUUGUAACUGUAAUGGACAUGCCAGCGCUUGUGAUCCAAUCAGCGGGCACUGUUUGAGCUGCCAGCACAACACAGAAGGCCCUCAGUGUGACAAGUGUCGCCCAGGCUACUUUGGUGACCCGAGCAGAGGUCGCCCCGAUGACUGCAAGCCCUGCCCCUGCCCGUACUCUGAGACCUCACGCCGGUUUUCUGACACCUGCUUCGUGGACGUUGACCAACAGCCAACAUGUGACGCCUGCAGGCCCGGAUACACAGGAAGACGCUGUGAAAAGUGUGCUCCUGGUUACCAGGGUAACCCCCUUCUGCCUAAUGGAAAAUGUCUUCCCAACUCAAGCUCCAAAUGUGAUAACAGAGGAACUAUCAGCUCCAGCGGCAGACCAUGCAGCUGCAAGAACAACGUGGCAGGCGCUCUGUGUGACGAGUGCAAGGCCGGGUUCUUCCAUCUAUCAGAGACCAACCCUGAGGGCUGUCUACGUUGUUUCUGUAUGGGCGUCACCAAACAGUGCUCCAGCUCCACUUGGAAUAGAGACCAGGUGCGAGGUGGGGUGAACGGGCAGCUCUUCUCCCUCACAAACAGUGCCAAUACCAAAACUAUCUCUGAAGGCAUCACCCAGAGGGGCUCCUCUGAAGUUGUCUACCGCUCAUUCUCCAGCGUCCCCAACGACAUCUACUACUGGGUCCUUCCUGGGAGCUUCAGAGGAGAUAAGGUGACAGCCUAUGGUGGGGAGCUUCGCUACACAAUUCGCUUUGAACCGUCUCAGCGCUCGCUGGUGAUUGACGGUCAGCCAGAUGUGGUUCUCCAAGGCAAUGGCAUCUUCCUGGAGCACAUCUCACCGAAAAAGCCUCUCCCACGUGUCCAACAAACUGUCACUGUGACCUUCAGAGAGUCUGCAUGGCGUCGCGCUGACCGGCAGCCAUGUACUCGUGAGCACCUGCUGAUGGCCCUGGCUGAUGUUACUGUCUUUAUGAUCAGGGCUACCUACGCAGACAAGAUGGCUGAGAGCAGUAUCUCAGACAUCAAGAUGGACGUUGCUGUUCCCCACUCUACUGGCAAUGAACUUGCUCUGGAGGUGGAAGAGUGCGCCUGCCCUCAGGGAUACAAAGGACCCUCCUGCCAGGAGUGUGAUGAAGGCUACACUCGGACUAGUUCUGGUCUUUACCUGGGGACUUGUGAGAGGUGCGACUGCAAUGGUCACGCCAGUGGCUGUGACGCGGAGACCGGCAGGUGUCUGCAAUGCCUCCAUAACACCGACGGGCCAAGGUGUGAGCGCUGUCAGCCUGGCUUCUAUGGAAACCCGGUAACGGGUGGUGCUCAGGCCUGCCAGCCCUGCCCCUGUCCUGGAACGGCUUCCAGCAACCAAUUCUCUCCAACCUGUUAUCUGGAGUCAGACGGUGAGCCGACCUGUGAAAACUGUCCCCCUGGAUAUGCUGGCAGACGCUGUGAAAGAUGUGCCCCAGGAUACACCGGCAACCCACUGCUUGGACAGAGAUGUAGCGUUGGCAACAAUGAAGUCAAUGGUAACUGCUAUAACUGUCACCAAAGAGGAACUGAAGGCUGCAAUGGUGGUACAUGCCUCUGCAAGAUGAACGUUGAAGGACCAUCUUGCGCCAGCUGCAAGUCUGGUACCUUCCAUCUCAGCCCGGAUAACAAAGAUGGCUGCCUGUCUUGUUUCUGUAUGGGCGUCACUCAGCAGUGCAGCAGCUCUACCCACUACAGAGACCUGGUUUCCUCGGUCUUCUCUCCAGGAAACUUCCAGAGAUUCGCUCUGGUCAACCGUCAACGCACCAACCGCAUCUCCACUGGUUUCACUGUGGAGGUUUCCACUGAAGGCACUCAGCUGUCCUACACCAACUUUGACUACCUGGGACAGGAGCCUCAUUACUGGCAGCUUCCAGGGGCCUACCAGGGAGACAAGAAAGAUUCUUUCUUUGCUCGCACGAAACGAGCACAGCAGAGUGACUCGUACUUGCCAGAGGAGCAGCUAAGGAAGGAUGCUUCCAUUUGGAACCUAAUGGCCUCUGAACGUAAAGACAUCCACAGAUCCAAAAGGGCUAGCCAGGGUGAUGUCAGAAAGCUGGACGAUGAGGUCUGGGCGCUCUUUAACUUCUCCAAUGGACGACCUGGUCCCCCUCACUUGUUCCCCUCCACCUCCUCUAAAUCCUCCUCUUCCUCCUCCUCCUCCUCUUCCUCUCGAUGGUCAUUGCGUAACCUGAGCCCCCCUUCUCCUCCGUCUGGUAUCUCCUCUUCAGUUAGACCAACCAGACCCCAACCCUACUCCCCAGGCUACUCUCCCCGUCUGCAGAGCAAAAACACACUGAGCAAGUCUUCUGCUCGUGCUUCUGGGGACAGCAGCAAGUACGCUCUGGUCUACAAAGGUUUCAGCUUGCACCAGGAUGAUCUGCUCUACUGGCAGCUCCCAGCGCAGUUCACAGGGGAUAAGGUGGGUUCUUACGGCGGCAAGAUUAAAUACACCAUCUCCUAUGUGGCCGGUCCAAGGGGAACACUACUUGAUGAUGGUGACGUCCAGAUUAUUGGUAACGACAUCACGUUGGUAGCUCGUCAGCCCUGGCAGAGGAGGCAGCAGGGCAGCAGAGAGACUCGCCAGUUUGAGAUUGUCUUCAAAGAGGAAAACUGGCGUCGUCCUGAUGGCAUGCCUGCCACCCGAGAGCACCUGAUGAUGGUUUUGGCUGAUCUGGAUGACAUCCUGAUUCGAGCAUCCUACUCCACGGAGAUGCGCUCCUCCAGUAUCUCUGAUAUCAGCAUGGAAGUUGCGGUGCCCAACUACAGUGGCUUGGCUCAGGCCCUCGAGGUGGAGCAGUGCCGCUGCCCACCUGGAUACGAAGGACUGUCUUGCCAGGACUGUGCAGCUGGAUAUACUCGCACUGGAGGAGGUUUAUACCUCGGCCACUGUGAGCUCUGUGAAUGCAACGGCCACUCUGACUCCUGCCACCCUGAGACCGGCAUCUGCACGAGCUGCCUGCAUAACACCCAGGGUGAGCUCUGUGAGCAGUGUGCUCCCGGCUUCUUCGGUGACCCCACUGUUGGCACUCCAGAGGACUGCCAGCCCUGCGCCUGCCCUCACACUGACCCAGACAACCAGUUCUCUCCCACCUGUGAGAGCCUUGGGAAUGGAGGUUACCAGUGUACAGCCUGUCAGCCUGGGUACACUGGUCAGUACUGUGAACGCUGUGCUCCUGGAUACGUUGGAAACCCACAGGAGAGAGAGAAGUGUCGUCCAUACGAUGCUGCAGCCUCACUGGUGGUGAAAGUUUAUCCAGAGAGGGUCCUGUCCUCCCAGGGUGGCUCCGUCACACUCCGCUGUCAGGUGUCCGGCUCUCCUCCUCACUAUUUCUACUGGUCCAGAGAGGACGGACGACCCGUCUCCGGCAGUGCUGAGAGACGCAGACAAGGAGCUGAGCUGUACUUCUCCAAUGUCCAGCCGACUGAUGCCGGCGUUUACGUCUGUACCUGCAGAGACCAGCGCAGCACCAACAGGAGCCGUGCUGAAAUUGUUGUCACAAAUGUCCCAUCCAAGGCCAUUGAGGUGACAGUGGAGGAGCCCAAAGCCCAGACUGUCAGGGUGGGGUCUACUGUCAACUUCAUCUGUACUGCAAAGAGCAAGUCUCCAGCCUACACCUUGGUGUGGACACGGAAGGGUAACGGAAAGCUGCCCAACCGGGCCAUGGACUUCAACGGCAUCCUGACAAUCCAGAAUGUCCAGCCCGAGGAUGCAGGCGUCUACGUCUGCACAGGCUCCAAUAUGUUUGCCAUGGACGAGGGCCAAGCCAUCCUCUACGUGCCAGAGGCCUCACAGACUCAGAUGUUUUACACAGCCUAUGAAAUGUUUGAAGGACACGGAAAGCCUGCUGAGGGGGCCCAGCCUGUGGCCACCAUCACUCCCUCAGUGCUGAACGUCCAGCAGGGCCAGCGGGCAGAGUUUCGCUGCACAGUGACCGGGAACCCAACUCCUGCCAUUGAAUGGAUCGGAGGACCAGGGAACAGAAUGAGUCCCAGAGCUGUGGUACGAGGUGGCGUUCUGACCUUCACAGCAGUGGACCCGGCUGAUGAGGGAGAGUACACCUGCAAGGCCCUGAACACUCACGGGGAGCACACUGCGCGGGUUUCUCUCCUUGUUCAAAAGUCUAACCCAAGUGGCCUAGGCACCCAACCCCAAGUCCAAGUCAGUCCCCAAAAUAUUGAAGCCCAUGUAGGCGACAACUUGAGGUUGUACUGCCGAGCAACAGGAGCGCCCACCCCGAAGCUCACCUGGCUGAAAAACGGAGGACAAAUCCCUCCACAGGCCAUUCCCUCUCACGGUUUCCAUCAGUUUAAAAGCAACAGUCUCGAUGUGUUACAGAGACGUAUUGAGGAGCUGCAGGCCCGCAUGGACCGCACCGACAUCGGUACUCUGCUCAUCCCCAACAUCCAGAUGUCUGAUGCCGGCACUUACAUGUGUGUGGGGAGCAACAGCAUUGGCUCAAAUAGUGCUCCCAUUAAAGUCUCUGUGCUUAAAGCGGACCACGUCUCCUCAGUGGUCAGCAUCCAGCCAUCCAUAGCUGAUGUCCAGGAGGGCCAGAGUCUGGAGCUCAACUGUCUGGCCCCUGGAAGUUCUCCACAAGUCACCUGGUCCAAAGCCAGCGGCCGCCUCUCCUCAAACCACCAGGUUCUGGGCAGUCAGCUGCGUAUCCUGUCAGCCACUCCAGAGGACUCAGGGGAGUACAUCUGUCGGGUGCAGGGCAACCCUGGCAACCCCGGAUCUCAUGUCCACCAGGCCUCCGUGUCUGUCUCUGUCACUUCAACUUCCUCACGUCUUCAGAGUCCAAUCAUCGCCAUUGAGCCCCACAGCGCUGCAGUGCGUGUAGGAGAGUCAGCAAGCUUCAGGUGCAGGGUGUACGGUGGAGCUCCUCCUGUCAGACUGGAGUGGAAACUGGCCAGCAACCAGCCGCUGCCAGAUAAUAUUAAAGUUAGCUCUGAUGGUUCUGUUAUUACCAUAACCAGUGCCCGCCCCAUGAACCACGGUGCGUACCGUUGUGUGGCGAGCAACCCGUUCGGCAUCGCCCACACCAUCGUGUCUUUGCUUGUCAAAGAGUCUCCUGUGGCCACUGUCACCCCUGUUGGACCUGUGCGUGUCAGGGUGGGUGAAGCCAUUAACCUGGAAUGCCAGGCGUCAGGAGAGCCCCGCCCCUCAGUCUCAUGGCACAGGCUGGACAGCAACCGCAAGACCAUGCUGAGCAGCCCCGUGCCCAUGGAGUCCAAUGCAGUCAUGCAGAUACUAGUGGCACGUCAAGAAGACAGUGGCACGUAUGUUUGUACAGCACGCAACAAUGAAGGUACCACUGAGACCAAGGUGGAGGUCAUUGUUGAGGGAGGCUCUCAGGUACCCACAGUGCCCAGGGCCUCAGUUCCUGAGCCGCUGAUGAUUGUGGUAGAAGGACAGACUGCUACACUGCGCUGUGAUGCCCAUGGUUUCCCAUCCCCGACGAUCAGCUGGUCCAAGCUAAGGUCUCCUCUGCCUUGGAGACACAAGGUGGUGAACAACAGCCUUGUGCUGCCCACAGUAGGCCGCCAAGACUCCGGAGAAUACAUCUGCACUGCAACCAACAACAUGGGCACUACUGAAGUCACCAUCAUGCUAGAUGUGGAGACCCCUCCUUACGCCACUUCUGUGCCCGACGAUGUGGCUGUGCGGGUCGGGGAGGUGAUCAGGUUGCAGUGCCUGGCACAUGGCACUCCUCCUCUUACCUACACUUGGACCAAAUUAGAUGGAAGCCUGCCCCAGAGGGCCCAGGUCAACGGAGGGGAUCUUCAGAUUAACCUGGCUACCGCUGAGGAUGCUGGGAGCUACAAGUGUGUUGCCACCAACAAAGUGGCUAACAGUGAAGUGAUUGCCAAAGUCACAGUCAGAUCCCCCUUGGCAGUUCGUGUGUCACCACAGGUUGAAGUUAAGGCCCAGGGCAGUGCUGUGGAGUUCACCUGUUCAGCAGCAGGCGGUAUAGAAACCAAAAUUGAGUGGCUGAAGGAAGGAGGAGCCUUGCCACCGAACCACCACGUCAAGGAUGGGGUGCUCAGGAUUGAGAACCUUGAGCAGAGCAAUGAAGGCGUUUAUAUCUGCAGAGCCAGCAGUGUGUACGGUCAGGCCCAGGACACUGCCAGGCUGACCAUCCAAGCCCUGCCAAAAGUGAUGAUUAACGUGCGUACCUCAGUGCAGACAGUGAUGAUCGGGAACUCUGUGGAGUUCGAGUGCCAGGCUGUUGGUGACCCAGAACCCACGGUUAAGUGGAGUAAAGUUGGUGGGUCUCUGCCCGCUCAUAUCAUGGUGAAGGGCGGCAUGCUGAGGAUUGAGCAGGUGACGGAGGCCGAUGCUGGGCAGUACCGCUGCACGGCCACCAACGAUGUAGGCUCCGUACAGUCUCAGGUGGUCCUCAACGUCCAGUCUCUCCCUCAAAUCGCUGCGCUGCCUGAAUCUAAGGAGGUGACAGUUGGUUCAGAUGCAGUCUUGCCCUGUGUGGCUUCAGGAUACCCUGUACCUGAGAUCAAAUGGUCCAAGCUGGAAGGAGAGCUUCCUCCUAAGUGUUUCCAGGAAGUGAACGUGCUGACGGUUCCUCGGGUCACCCACGACGACUCUGGGACAUACGUGUGCACCGCCUCUAACAAACAGGGCAAAGUGGAAGCCUUUACUACACUCCAAGUUCACGAGAGAGUAAUGCCCUACUUUGCCCAGGAACCCUUGUCCUACCUCACCUUGCCCACCAUCAAAAAUGCCUACAAGGCUUUCAGCAUUAAGAUCAACUUUAGACCUGAUAAUGUUGAUGGUCUCAUAUUGUACGCUGGUAUGAUCCUCUACAAUGGCCAGAGAAGGACCACAGGAGCAGAUUUCAUCUCUCUGGGACUUGUUGGCGGCCGCUUAGAGUUCAGGUUUGACGUGGGCUCCGGCAUGGCCACAAUACGUGACCCCAAUCCUGUCAAGCUGGGAGAAUUCCACACAGUUGAACUGUAUCGCAACCAUACCUUGGGCUAUAUCAUUGUGGAUGGAGGGGAGCCCAUCAAUGGCAGCUCACAGGGCAAGUUCCAGGGCCUGGAUCUGAAUGAGGAGCUGCAUGUGGGUGGUUACCCCAACUACACAGUCCUCGCCAAAACUGCUGGAAUUAAGACUGGUUUUGUUGGCUGUAUCCGUCAGCUGGUCAUCCAAGGUGAGGAGGUCAUCUUUAAAGACCUUGACCGCAGCUCUACUGGUGUCACAAACUGCCCCACCUGCAAAGACCACCCAUGCCAGAAUGGAGGUAUGUGUGCGGACUCAGACGCCAGCCUGUAUAAGUGCAGCUGCCCCAGAGGAUUCACAGGAAGCAACUGCCAGCACCACUCAUCCCUGCACUGUCACUCAGAGGCCUGUGGACCAGACGCCACUUGCAUCAGCCGCCCGAGUGGCCUGGGCUAUGACUGCCGCUGCCAUCUUGGCAAGUUUGGAAACAAAUGCAUGGAUGGGGAACUGGUGACAACUCCACUGUUUGAUGGUGAGGAGUCCUACAUAGCCUAUCCACCUCUGACCAACGUCCAUGAUGACCUGCGGGUUGAGCUCGAGUUCAAGCCUAUGGAAAGAGAUGGUCUAAUGUUCUUCUGUGGAGGGAAGAAAAUGAAGGUGGAGGACUUUGUAGCCAUCUCCAUGGUGGAGGGACAUGUAGAGUUCAGAUAUGAACUUGGCACAGGUCAGGCAAUCCUCCUCAGUCAAGAGCCAGUCUCUCUGGGCCAGUGGCACAGAGUUGUGGCUGAGCGAAACAAGAGGGCCGGCCACCUGAAGGUCGACCAAGGCCCAGUGGAGAGGAAGACAUCUCCAGGAAAAGCUCAAGGCCUCAAUAUUCACACCCCCAUGUACCUUGGGGGAGUCCCCAACAUGGACAUCCUGCCUAAGCCUGCUAAUGUCAGCGAGCUGUUUGAGGGAUGUAUAGGAGAGGUUUCCAUCAACAACAAAAAGGUGGAUCUGUCCUACAGCUUCACAGAAAGCAGAUCUAUCCGCAAGUGUGUGGACAACAGCCCCUGCGACCGCCGGCCUUGCCUGAAUGGAGGUCACUGCAUGUCCAAUGUUGAAUAUGAGUACCAGUGCCUCUGUAAGGAUGGAUUUGAAGGUGAGCGUUGUGAGGUGGUCAGAGACGUGUGCCAGAGCAACCUUCAGUGCCAGAAUGGCGGCAGCUGUGUCGACGGCCAAUGUGUGUGUGCACCUGGCCACACAGGCCUGAACUGUGAAGAAAGCCAGGUCUCCAGCUCUCCUGCAGCCCUGAGGAAAUUGGAAAGUAGUGCUGCAAAUGAUUCACCCUAUCAGUAUGCAGCCCAUUUCAAUGAUGAUGGAUACAUUGCCCUUCCUAAAUCCAUUUUCCCAAGAAGUGCCCAUGACUCACCAGAGACCAUCGAAAUGGAGAUCAACACAAGCUCCUCUGAGGGCCUGAUCCUGUGGCAGGGAGUGGAACUUGGAGAACACGGCAGAGGCAAGGACUUCAUUAGCCUCGGUCUGGAGAAUGGACACCUUGUUUUCAGUUACCAGUUGGGCAGCGGGGAGGCAAAGAUCUUAUCCCGGAGGUCCAUCAACGAUGGGAGAUGGCAUAAGGUCACAGCAGUCAGAACUGGAAAAGAUGGAUACAUCCAGAUUGAUGGAGGAGCCGCACUACAUGGCCAGUCUAAAGGCAAAAGCCUCAUGGUCAACACCAAAGGCAAUAUAUACCUUGGUGGCGCCCCAGACAUGGCUGCUAUGACAGGAAGGAAGUUUAUGUCUGGAAUGACGGGCUGCGUGAGGAACCUGGCACUGAUGAACGCCCGGCCGGGACAGCAGCCAGCCCAGGCCAUCGACCUGCAGACCCACGCCGCCCACGGCGUCAACGUGCAGCCGUGCUCUUCAUAGAUCGCAGCAGACACAAGAACACACGUACACAAACACAUACACACACAGAGACUAUGGAGUGAUGUCAUACACACACACAGCAGACUCACACAGAGAGACUUGGUGCUUUGCUGCUACCAAAAAAAAACAAGAUGACACAACAGGAUAUGUUUCUCUGUGUGCAGUAAAACCAAAAAAAAGAGAGAAAAAACGAAACGAUAUUAACAAGUCUUCUCUUCCUCAGUGUUGUAUUCUCAAUGAAGGACUAUUAACACAGGAGAACCAGUACAGUUUACAUACUUCCAGCAGUAGUUUUAGCCUUGAGAAGAGUAAGAGUAAAAUAAAUUAGGCCUUCUACGAUGGGUCAGAUCCUAUGGAGUUGGAGAUGUUUUUACAGCACUGAAUUUUUAUUUAUAUACAUAUGAAUAUAUAUAUAUAUUAUAUUUGUGGGGGGAAAACAUGCAAACUAACCAUAACUGCUCUUCAACUUUCCUAGAGUUUAUUCUGGGUUCUAAUACUGUGUGUCCAGGGCUUUUUAUAGGCCUAACUGUAUUAAUACUUGAAGAUGUUUAGGCCUUCUUUCUUCACUUCUGUAGAGGAACCUUUUUUUUUUUUUGCACGCGAGCAUGCUUAUAGUCUUUUGCAACAUUGUUGGGAGAGGAGCACACACGGUCACAGUCACAUGCAGCUUCAGUACACAACUCAGGUCCUCGAAUACAAACCAUUAACCACAAAUGUUUCAUGUACUGCCGCUUCAACUCGGCUGAUUUAUUUUGCUUUGCGCCGUUGUGUCUUCUGUGUCUGUAUUUGUUCUUUUUUAUGAAAAAGAAAGAAACCUUGGUGCUAAUGUCAGACAUGAAGAUACAGGACAUAGUCAUAUGGUUGUCUGUCUCACAUUUAGAAAGGUGUUUUUUUUUUGUAAUUGGUUACAUAGAUUGAGAAAGCCUUGUAAAACGGUAUUCACUUUUGUCUCUUGAUAUGCAUGGCAUUUUAGGUUGACUUUUAUAAGAAUAUGGCAUGAUUUGCUGCCUCCACAGACUUAUUUGAUUGAGUAGAUCUCAUAAAAACAGUUUUAAAGAGCUGAAAGGGUGUACUUUUUUAUGUGUGGUUGUUAAAGAUAUUGUUUUAUGUCUAAAACUAUCUGCCAGACAGGUAGAUCUCUAGAGAAUAAGUGUGUAUGCUCGUAAAUUUGUUGGUUAUGUAUGUUUCAGCCUAUUUCAUUUCUCACAGGUCAUUCUACUUUAAGCCCCAUGAUGGAGUCAGGUGUGUGUGCGUGUGCGUGUGUCAUUAUCCAUAUCCUCAGGAGGGUCAACCCAGAACUGCCUCAAGAUGUUCCUUAAUUUUCAGGUUUGGUAGCUUUAGCGGCAAAUCAUUAAGCUAUACAAUUCUGAAGGCUCGUAGAAGCAGAUUCAUCUGCAGCAAUUAGUAGUAGGACACAGUUGGGAUAGUGUUUGGAAAUGCAGUGGAAGCCUCCUGCAGGUGCUGUGACCAGUAGUGUAGCUCUGAAAAAGCAUGCUCGCCCACUUUUAGUCGACCACACCACAAAACCACAUCGGCACGAUCACUUUGGGGGGUUCACAAGCCUUUUUUUUUGCAUUUUUGUAAGCUUAAAAUAUGUGUAUUAAUAUCCUAAAAAUGAGCACUAUCCUUUCACUUAGAGUUGUCUCAUUUUUAUUUAUGUUAUGUUUUUCUUCUCUUUUUCAUUGCUUUUGUUUCAAGGCUUGAUUCUGCUGUUUUAGAGCAAUCACAACUUGCUAUUUUCUUUCCUCUGGUUAUUGUGUAUUGCCUCCCACAUCCCCUUGUUUUCCCCCUCAUGUUUGAGUUUGAACACGGCCCCUCGGGAAGUUCUCCACAAAACCCCAAUGAACUGCUUGGUCAAAUGGUUGGAAACUGGUCUUAUAAUUCACUCAAUGAAAAAAGUCUUAGGCUCCAAAUACAAUGAAUGGAUUAUUUAUCUACAAAUAAAGUUGUCAUCAUGUUUGUUCAGCUUUGAACAUGUGGAUUGAAGCCACUGCUGUGGUCCAGGUUUAGGACACUGAAGCAGAGAAUGAUGGUGUGUGCGCCCUUUGUUGGGUGCCUUUUGUGUAUCUGCUCUUAAACUGGAUUUUCAUAUAUAAACACUGUACACUCUUGCCCAAAGUUGUCAAGAAACUUCCACUGCUUUUUUGGUUGUUUUUAGGCCACAAAAUAUGAAAGGUGCACUUUUAGUAAUGGUGGACAUUAUUAUUUUUAAAUGUGUUUCACUUCUGAAUGGCAGAAAAAGCGGAAAACUCGCUUAAAUGAAUGAAAGUGUACCAUAUGAAAUAUUGUCCAUGUCAGGACGACCUGACGGUUCCAUUUCCAAUGUUGAAAAGACGCUCCCCUUGCCCUUGGUGUUUCUUAAUUAAAAACAAAAUUCAUGUGC